CACGGAGAGAGCGAGUGGAAACAACAGCCUGGGUCUCUUCAAUAAAAACAAACAAGAAACAGCUCGGUGUUCGUCUGUGCCUGGUUUGUCUGUCCCGUCCACACGUCCGGCAUGGCUUGGACAAAAUACCAGCUGUUCCUUGCGGGACUUAUGCUCACAACUGGCUCUAUCAACACGUUAUCCGCAAAAUGGGCUGAUAUGUUCUCAGCGAAAGGUUGCCAUGAUGAACCUGAACAUGGAUUCUCUCACCCGUUUGUACAGGCAGUGGGUAUGUUUCUGGGUGAGUUCAGCUGUCUGGCAGUCUUCUACAUCUUGCUUUGCCAUGACAGACGUAGUCCAGAGCCCAAGAUGAACCCGGGCCAGAGCUUCAACCCCCUCCUCUUCUUCCCCCCUGCCAUGUGUGACAUGACGGCCACCUCCAUCAUGUAUAUUGCGCUCAACAUGACCAGCGCCUCCAGCUUCCAGAUGCUGCGUGGAGCAGUCAUCAUCUUCACUGGUCUGCUCUCGGUGGCUUUUCUGGGGCGUCGCCUGGCGGCCAGCCAGUGGCUCGGCAUCCUCAUCACCAUCCUGGGCCUGGUCAUAGUGGGCCUCGCCGACCUCUUAAGUGGCCACAAAGACGACACGCACAAACUCAGUGACAUCAUCACAGGAGACCUUCUGAUCAUCAUUGCUCAGAUCAUUGUUUCAGUGCAGAUGGUCCUGGAAGAAAAGUUUGUCUACAAACACGAUGUCCAUCCUCUUCGUGCUGUUGGUACUGAAGGUUUCUUUGGUUUCUUUGUCCUGUCGCUGCUGCUUAUCCCCAUGUAUUUCAUUCAUGUGGGUGACUUCAGCGGCAGCCCUCGACAGGUGCUGGAGGACACGCUGGACGCCUUCUGUCAGAUUGGACACAAGCCUCUCAUCCUGUUGGCUCUGCUGGGCAACACGGUCAGCAUCGCCUUCUUCAACUUCGCCGGGAUCAGCGUCACGAAAGAGAUCAGCGCCACCACCCGCAUGGUGCUGGACAGCCUUCGCACGCUGGUCAUCUGGGCGGUGAGCCUCGCGCUGGGCUGGGAGCAGUUUCAAGGCCUGCAGGUCGUGGGCUUCUUGGUCCUGCUGCUGGGCACAGCGCUCUACAACGGACUGCACCGCCCCCUGCUGGCCAGGAUACCGUGCUGCGCCGGGAUGGUGAACGCAGAGGAAGAGAGCAGCACAGGAGAAACGGAGAGACUGCUGAGCAGCGGCAGGGUGCAGGCCGGUGACGAGAGCUAAAACGCACACAGCACAGACGGCAUCCCAGUCUACCGGACUGUCUGUCAAAGACACUGCACGUUUCGUGAAUGCUGUCAGUCGUAGUCUCUUUUUAAAUUGUUU